AUGAAGACACCAGCAGUCGAGGCAGUACCCUUCGAACCGGUCUCAGUUUCAGUAGCAAGAAAAUACUUGUCUGCAAUCCGCGCAUGGCAUCUGGCACAAGGAUGGCCACCUCCGCUAUCACCAGAACACUUCACGCGGAUUAACUGGUCACUCCGCGGAAUGGAAAACUUGCAAGGAACUCGCCGCAGACCAGUCAGGCCCCCAAUUACACUCCAGAUGCUAACGGCUAUCAAGGCCACCCUUCGAACAGACCAACCAUUCGACGUGUGCCUUUGGGCAAUGUCCAGCUGCGCAUUCUUUGGAAUGAUGCGAUUCGGAGAGGUCGCUGUCAAUGCUCAUGCGAGUUUCGACAAGUCGAAACACAUUACGAGGAAAGAUGUUUUCCUCGGGGUAGACUUAGCAGGAAAACCAUACGCCAGGCUCGAUCUUCCACGAGCCAAGACAGCAAAAUCUGGGGAAACUCAGUCUGUCUUCAUCGUCGAACGAGGCGAUCUCUGCCCAAUCCAAGCACUUCGAAAUCUAGCGGAAGUCGUCCCAGCUCUUCCAGAUGACCCACUAUUUUCGUGGAGAGAUAAUAAAGGGCUCGUCCGCCCAAUGGUCAAGACCCGGGCCAUCGAAAGCAUCAACAGCAUAUUGACAGCCUGGAAUUGGGGGACAACCUUCAGCCACUCAUUUAGGAUUGGCGGAGCCUCGUUCUACCUCGCCAACAAGGUAGAUCCGGAAAUAGUGCGCAUAGCAGGUUGGUGGAAAUCCCUAGCAUAUGAGACUUACAUCAGGGCGUUCGAACAAGUAGCGACGCAGCACCUGGGCGGCCUAGCAAGCAAUCACACAUCCCACGCAUGA